AUGGAAGAGCAGAACCUUACAGCUUCUCACCUUACAUACUUUAUUAUUGCUGGAAUCCCUGGUCUCAAGGACUGGAAAACACAGACUGCACUGUUUGUUAUUUUCUUCUUAAUAUACACCAUUACAAUCAUAGAGAACUUUGUUUUCAUUAUUGUAAUAGCAUUUGACCAUGCUCUACACUCCCCAAUGUACCUGUUUAUUUGUAACCUGGCCUUUCUAGAUCUUGUCAUUCCUUCUGUUACCAUCCCAGAGAUGCUAUACUAUUUAAUAACUGAGGACAACUCUAUUGCUUUUGGUCCAUGCAUUAUGCAAAUGUAUUUAUACCUUUCUUUUUUAAUAACAGAAAGUUUCACUUUGGUAAUUAUGGCCUAUGAUCGAUACCAGGCCAUAUGCAAUCCAUUGCUUUAUCCCACUAUCAUAACCACCAAGCAUGCCUUCAGAUUGUGUGCUUUCUGUUGGACAAUAGGCAAUAUGGAAGCUAUACUCCGUGUAUGUUUUGUGAUGUCUACAUCCUUUUGUGGACCAAAUAAAAUUAAAUAUUUUUGUUGCGAUUAUUCAUCCAUCAUAUUGCUGGCCUGUGCUGAUGUCUCUAUUCAAAGUGCGUAUGAUAAGAUUAUGUCUUUAUGCAUUAUUUCAGUUCAGCUGUUUCUUGUUCUAUUUUCCUAUGGAAAAAUCAUUAUUGCAGUAUCUAGAAUUACUUCUGCUGAGGGUCAGAGGAAAGCCUUUUCUACCUGUGCCAGUCAUCUUCUUGUUAUUGGUGUUUUCUUUUUGGCUCUGGCUUUUGUCUUAAUUUCUUACGGGGUGCCAGAAAUUUCAGCCCAAGUACGUACUCUGGCUUCUAUCAUGCAGAAUACUAUUCCUCCUCUGGUGAAUCCAAUCAUCUACUGUGCAAAAACAAAAGAAAUCAGAACCAGUAUAGCAAAACUAAUUAACAAAAGCAAGACAAGUAUUUGA